AUGAUGAUGACGUGCCGUCUGCUGUGCGCCCUGUUGGUGCUCGCCCUGUGCUGCUGCCCGUCCGUGUGCGUGACAGAGGGUAGCGAUAAACUAGCUCAAUCCGUUCAGAAGUCCGAUCCACAAUCGGGAAUAAGUGGGACGGACGGUAGGCAGAAGGAUAAAAACGAGGUCCCAGGUCCAGGGGUCGUUACACCAGCGGUUCAAGACAAUAACAAUGUAGAAGAAAAAACAGUUCCGAAAGCCAAUGAGAAUGCCAACAGUCAAGAUGCAUCGGUUGCGUCUGUUCAGUCAGCGAAAACAAGUGCUGCGGGUAAAUCCGCAACGAUUUCAAAAGUUGAUUUCACAGUGCGAAAAACGACGACUACGACAAACGCACCAAAUACGACUACCACAACAACAACAACCACAGAGGCACCAAUCAUUACAUCUACGGAAACAACAACUACGACGACCACCCGAGGGCCGUCACAUCUUCGCGAAAUUGACGGCAGCCUCAGCAGCUCUGCGUGGGUGUGUGCCCCGCUGCUGCUCGCCGUAUCCGCGCUGGCGUGCACCACUCUGGGCUGA